UCUCCCAGCACCAAAAAGGAGACAGUCUAGCUACCCAGCCCAGUCCAGUCAUGCAGGUACGAGAAGAUGAAGACAACCUCAUACCCUUUGCCAAAUGUUCCAGGGUGGUCAGCCGAUCUCUAUCUCCAGCCUUGCCUUCCCAGAGUCCCAGACCGAUGGCCCAGCGUUAUGGAGCUGUCUUCUGGGAGAACCUUAGUCAAAGGCCCUGCCCUACCUGGAAAGAGGAAAAGUCCAUUCCAUCCAUUCUGAGAGCCACUGGUUUCUCCCUGCCUGGCCUACACUAUCCUAAGGGGCUGCCACCACCUGAGAUGCUUUGCAGAAGAAAGAAAAAGAGGCCACAUUCAGAGGGAAUGCAGCAGGGACCUGGGAGCAUCCCUGCCCGGGUGAGGGCUGUCACUUAUCACCUAGAAGACUUAAGGAGGCGCCAGAGAACCAUCGAUGAACUGAAGAAGGCCCAAUGGGGCGGCUCUGGGGCUGCAUUUGAGCCUCUGAUGCUUGCUGAAGAGGGCUGUGGAUUCUCCAGCACCACUGAAUACCCUGAUCUGGAAGGAGAGAGGGCAACCCAUCCACAGGAAGAGGGCCAUUUGCUCACUCCUGGGAGGGCCCAGCUGCUUUGGUCUCCCUGGAGUCCCCUGGGCCAGAAGGAGGCAUGCCCCUCCAGAGGGCUGUACUCCCUGGCCUCCUUCAGCACUGUCACAGCCAGUAGGAACCCCCUUUACAAUCCCUGGGGGACAGAGCUGGCGUCUGAGGAGUAA